CAGAAUAUAUGCCUGGCCUCAAUGAAACUUUGCCUAUUCUGCCUCUAGCUCUUUCAUACGGAGAUAUCACACACGAUGAGGAUGUAACUGGACAUGAAUGAUUAACUGGAUGACUGGAUUAUAAAGGAGACAGACAGUACAGCAGUAAAUAUUUAGUGUGACGGUGUGAAAAGCAGGAAGGAUGCAGUGUGUUGUGAUGUUGUGUCUCCUGCUGCUGAUACUGUCCUGUAGUGCUAGUAGCAAGAACAGAAGAAAGAACAGACAGAAGCCUGACAACACUGUCAACCAAAAUGAAGUCAAAACUCUGUUCUGUCCAGUGGAGUUGGCCUUUUUGGUGGACAGUUCAGAGAAAGCUACAAUACUUCUGUUUGAGAGGCAGAGGGAUUUCGUGUUGCGCUUCAGCACCAGGCUGAUGCAGAUGCAGGUGCCCGGCUGGCGUAUGCGGGUGAGAAUCGCCGUCCUGCAGUACAGCAGCAACGUCUUAGUGGAGCACAACUUCCGGGACUGGCAGGACAUAGAUGUGUUCCAAAGCCGAGUGGAUGCUAUGACCUACAUCGGCCAAGGCACCUUCUCAGCUUAUGCCAUCUCAAACGCCACUCAGCUCUUCGUCCGAGAGACAGCGGCCAGCAGCUUAAGAGCAGUGCUUCUGUUGACGGAUGGGAUUGACCACCCGCGCAGCCCCAGUGCUGGGACUGCAGCUGCAGAUGCAAAGAUCAACAACAUCCGUAUGUUUGUCAUUGGGCUGUCGGGAUCCACACGAGACGAGCAAGACAACGGUAGACUGAGGUCCAUCGCCAGCGCACCGCCUCAGCAGCACCUGUUCAGCCUCACUGACCCACAGCUAGAUGAAAAGCUCUUCAGGGAACUGAGUGAACUUGCGAACACAGUUUGUCCUCAGCCCAAAUCCUGUCUGUGUGAUAAAGGAAAGAGAGGUCCUCCUGGAAAACCAGGUAAACCAGGCGAUCCAGGAGUUGAUGGGCCUCCUGGUCCUAAAGGAUCUAAAGGGGAAGGAGGUUUAAAUGGACGUCCAGGAUUAGAGGGUAUAAGGGGAAGACCAGGACCAAGAGGAGAAAAGGGUGGAAAAGGAGAAUGUGGCACCCCAGGGGUGAAAGGAGAUGAAGGCCAGGACGGACCUCCUGGACCACGUGGACAACGAGGAGAUCAGGGACUGAGCGGCAACCCUGGUGACUCUGGCCCUGAGGGCCCUGUUGGACCUAAAGGUGAGAGAGGACCUAGCGGACCCACCGGACAUCCAGGGGACCCAGGGGUUGGGUUUCCUGGUGCAAAGGGGGAAAAAGGUAGCCAAGGCAGACCUGGGCCCACCGGGCCUGUUGGUAUAGGGGAGCCAGGAAUGCCUGGCCAAUCAGGACCUCAAGGAGUUCAAGGCAACCAAGGGUUUCCAGGAGAAGGUUUACCAGGGCCAAAGGGUGACCGGGGAUUUGAGGGUCCUAAAGGUGUACGUGGACCUCCUGGGUUUAGCAUCAAGGGUGAUAAGGGUAACACAGGGGAACUGGGUUUACCUGGACUGAUGGGAUUUCCAGGAGUAGGGAUCCAGGGUGAAAAGGGAGACCUGGGACCCAUUGGACCACCUGGACCAAGAGGCCCCACUGGAGUGGGCAUGGUGGGCCCUAAGGGAGAUCAAGGCUUUCCAGGAGAAUCUGGGCCACAAGGUGAGAGAGGAAUAGGAGAACCAGGACCAAAAGGUGAACCAGGACCAGAUGGAGCACCUGGCAUUCCUGGCAUCCCAGGUGAAGAUGGCUCUGUGGGUCCAAAGGGUGAGAUGGGUUUGCCUGGUGCACGAGGUCCAGAAGGCUCACCUGGGAAAGGAAUUCCCGGUGAGAAGGGGGACAGAGGUGACAGAGGAUCUCGGGGUCUCCCAGGAAGCCCUGGAGCAGCGGGACCCCCAGGGGCCAAGGGAGAACCAGGGAGUUUAGGUAUGAUGGGGUUACCUGGACCUCCGGGUCGAGGAUUGCCUGGUUCAAAGGGUGAGCCAGGACCAGCAGGCCCCUCCGGUCCUGUUGGAGAGCCCGGUGUUGGGACUACAGGCCCUAAGGGUGACAGAGGAAGUCCAGGACCAGUGGGGCCACUAGGAAUGAAGGGGGAGGGUUACCCCGGACCACGGGGGUUUCCAGGGUUGCCUGGGCUGCCGGGUGAAGUUGGACCUGAAGGACAAGGAAUUCCUGGUCCAAAGGGAGACAGGGGCUCACCCGGAGCAACUGGCCCUUCAGGGCCCCCAGGAAUUGGACUGAUGGGAUCAAAGGGUGCAGUUGGCCAGCCUGGUGCUCCAGGUCUUCCAGGCCCUACAGGAGAGGGAAUUCAGGGUCCCAAGGGAAACUCUGGUUUUCAAGGGCCCCCUGGUCCAAGAGGGCCUCCAGGUGAUGGCCUGCCAGGAGAGAAGGGUGACAGAGGCCUAGUGGGUGAGCGUGGGAGAAAAGGAGAGAGAGGAGAACAUGGAGUGCCUGGACAAUCAGGAACCAAGGGAAAACCAGGAGAGAAGGGAGAUCCUGGCCUAUCUAGAGAAGAGGUUAUCAGAAUAAUCCGGGAAAUAUGUGGAUGUGGUGUGAAAUGCCGGACGGGUCCUCUGGAGCUGGUCUUUAUCAUCGACAGCUCAGAGAGUGUGGGUCCGGAGAACUUUGAGGUCGUGAAGGACUUCGUGAACGCUCUGAUCGAUCGCAUGUCCGUGAGCCGAGAAGCUACGCGUGUUGGGGUGGUGCAGUACAGUCAUGUUGACGAGGUGGUGGCGAGUCUACAACAGCUGUCUGACCAGGCUGGCAUCAAAACUGCUGUGCGCAGGAUGCUGUACCUGGGCGAGGGCACCUUCACGGGCAGCGCCGUCCACCGGGCCACUCAGCUCUUUCAAGCAGCUCGGCCCGGCGUUAGAAAGGUUGCAGUCGUGUUGACGGAUGGUCAGGCCGACAAGCGCGAUGCAGUGAGCCUGAAAGACGCUGCAGAAGAGGCUCACGAUGCUGGGAUUGAAAUCCUCGUGAUUGGUAUAAUGAACAGAAGUGACUCCCAGUAUGCAGAGUUUAAGAAGGAGAUGAACAUUUUGGCAUCUGAUCCUGAUGAAGAGUAUGUCUACUUAAUUGAUGACUUCAUGAGACUGCACACACUGGAGAUUAAACUGCUAAGUCAGAUCUGUGAGCGUGAUGAUGGAACGCUCUUCACCCCAAACGGCAAAACAUUCCCUCCAUUUAGGCCUGAUCCACUUCCAGAUGGAACUGAAGCUUCCACCAGUGAUUAUUUCAUCACAGUAGGCAAAGAGGCUGAACUUCCAACAGAGUUUGAGAGCACCCUUUCUCCUCAACAACCAGAUGAAUAUUAUGACACGAAUACUGACACAAACUGGAAUACCUUUGACGAAUCUGUCAAUGAGCUCCCUAAGGUGACAGAGGCCCCAGCUGGAGAUAAGAUGAGACAGCAGUCCUCCAUCUCAGUAGUAGGACCCCAGACGCCCAUAAACUGGCGGCAUGUUCCAGAAAUCAGCCCUCCUCCACGAAAUCUACCUGCACCGCCCCCUCAGCCUGAUGCCUUCGUGAAAGAUGUAGACUGUAGGCAGGGAUUGGACCCUGGGCCAUGUAGAGAGUACAGGGUGAUGUGGUACUAUGACCCGGAGGCCAACUCGUGCGCACAAUUCUGGUAUGGUGGUUGCCAAGGCAACAGCAACCGCUUUGUGACAGAAGACAUUUGUAUAAGCGCUUGUGUGCAGACAUAACACACAUUCACAAUAAAGCACAGGGCUUCAUUCAGUAGA